AUGGCGACGGCGGCGACAGCGGCGUGGGCGCCACGGCUGGCAGGUGUGCGCGGGCUGCUGCUCGACAUCUCCGGGGUGCUCUACGAUGGCGGCGAGGGCGGUGGCACGCCCAUUCCCGGCUCCAUUGAGGCCGUGGCUAGGAUCAAGCGGUCAGGCCUGAAGCUGCGGUUCUGUACGAACGAGUCCCAGAAGUCUCGGGACAAGUUUGUGGGGUUGCUUCAGCGCCUGGGAUUUGACAUCUCCGUGAAUGAAGUCACGUCUCCUGCCCCGGCCGCCUGCCAGAUUCUGAAGGAGCGAGGCCUGCGGCCCCAUCUGCUUGUUCACGACGAUAUCCGAUCUGAAUUCAGCGAGAUGGACACCUCGAAUCCAAACUGCGUGGUCAUCGCAGAUGCUGGGGAGGGAUUUUCUUACCAAAAUCUCAAUGAGGCGUUCCGAGUGCUCAUCAACCUGGACAACCCGGUGCUUAUAUCCCUGGGAAAUGGGCGCUACUACAAAGAGGCGGACGGCCUGAUGCUCGAUGUUGGCCCCUACACGAAGGCGCUGGAGUAUGCCUGUGACGUCCAAGCCGAAGUGGUGGGAAAACCAGCCCCCGAGUUCUUCAAGGCGGCUUUAAAGGAAAUGGGCCUGGAGGCUCAGCAGGCCGUCAUGAUCGGAGAUGACAUUGUGGGCGACGUCGGCGGGGCCCAGCGCUGCGGGCUGAGGGCGCUGCAGGUGCGCACCGGCAAGUUCAGGUCAGUCUCUUACGGCAUUCCUCUCGCUCACACCUCGCUCACUACCUGCGUGAUUGGGGGGGGCCUCCAGGGCCGGCGUGUCGGGGGGCCGUCACUCCCCGUGGGGGGCGCCGAGGUCCCUCGUGGUUCUGGGCCAGGGAAGGACGUCGGUCCCGCGUCUCCUUUGGGCCGGCCAUUGGGCCUGCCGGGCCCUUCGGGGGCCGCUGCUCCCCGGCUGGGCGGGGCAGGGAGACCCCCAAACAAGGAAGGGGGGAGGGUGGGCGGCGGGCUUGUGGGGGGAGGGGCCCCCGUGGGCAUCCUGCCCGUCCCGGAAGGCUUCUCUCCGGGUGGCACAGAGCGCCGAGCCGGCUUCUGCCUGAAGGCCGUUGGGCACCGCCGAGACGAGUCAGACAUCCCCAGCUCUGGGGUCCGGCCGCCGCGGCAGCUGCCAUGGCGCCCCCCAUGCGCCCCCCAUUCACACGCGCUCUGCAGGCCUGAAGGCAGCUUCCCCCGAGUCCCCCGUCCCGACGUCCCAGCCCGGAAGGAGGCUCCACCGGGGCAUCGGCUGGCGCCUCGGAGGCCCGGCGAGGGGAGGCUCUGCCAGGGUAGCCCAGGAGCUAAGAGACUAGUGGAGGAUUUGAACCCUUGA